GUGGCACCGAAUGUGAUUAAAUUGGCGUACGUAUCUAAUAUCCUGGGUAUGUAUAUUUGUUUGUGGAAAAAUAUGAUACUGCACAGCAUAAAUAAUUAGGUAUUUGUGUAAUUUGGUGGUAAAUUGUGAUAAGGAAUACUAAAACAAGAAGUAUUAAAAAUGCCCGAUGCAGGGUUUCCAAAUGCCCAUACCACUACCACAACCAUUACCUCCAAUACAAGGGUGCAAACUAAUAUACGGUAUGACCCAAAGUAUAUUAAAACUAAAGGUGGUAUUUUAAAAAUUGUCCAGAUUGUACUUAAUUUGCUUGGCUUCAUCUGUAUACAAUGCAGUGGAUUCCCAGGGAAUUCAAGGGGCUCAUUCUUUGACACUGUAUCAAUGACAGGAUUUUGGUUUACUGGCAUUCUUUUAUUGUUUUAUUUAUUCCAUGUGAUUGAGAAGCUGUACAAAAUUCCUUGGUUGAAAAUUGAAUUUUUCUACUGUUUUGUUAUGGUUUGUAUGUAUCUAAUAUGCUCCUGCUUAGCAGCAACAUUUGGAGUCGAAGGAUAUGCAGUUGCUGCUUUCUUUGGCUUUUGUGCUAUGGUGGCUUAUGGGCUUGACACUUUCCUCAAAUAUAAAGCCAUAAGAAGUGGCGAAAUCGCUCAGGGAGAGAGAGAAGUUCAAAAACAGACCACGACGGUCACCACCCCAGCUUAUUAAACACAUCAUUACCUGAUUUUGAGGAUAAUAUAUUUAAUACAGUCAUUACAUUUAGCAUUUCUCAGCAUCUUUUUAAUUUUUUGAGCAUAUUGUGUACAGGAUUUACGAUUAGACUGUUUUAUUAUCGACCAAAACUUACACAUAACAUUCUAAAAUCAAGGAAUAAAACUAUAAUAAGAUCUAAAAAAAGAUUUAAGUGGGUUUUCUGUUGAUUGUAUGAUAGUUAAUCGUCAAUUUAUAAUGUUUUUGAUGUGAAACAUCUUUUAGCGCAUCUAAAAGGGGUAAAAUCAGCUCAGGUAUGGCAAGACGGGAUGACGCACUUGCGCAGAACUUUCUAGUUGGCUAGCCUUGUGGCUCGUCAAUUGAAAAAGGCGUUAUUCGGCCAGUUUCGUAAGUCGUCGAUAGAACGACGCUUCAUUCGGUCAGUCUCGUGACUAGUCAGCACUCAGUCCCGCCGCGGCGUUAUGAAUUUAAAAACAAGAACGUCUUGUUAAAGACUUGUUUAUUUCAUUUUCACAUUCUUCAAUAAAAAUGAUUUGUCAAUUUCGAUGUUUCACAUCUGCUAGUUGUCCUUUGACGACUAUUUUUUUUUUAAUUGAUAUAUCAUAUAAGUGUUAUCACAAUUGUUGCACGGAAAGUUUUGUUGUCGUUUUUAACUGUUAACGCAUACAGUUGGAGGUAACCUACCUCAUUAAUUAAAUAUCUAAGUCAUCUUUUUAAGGCUGGUACAAGAAUAUGUAAAAAUCUUAUUAAUUAGGUAUUUCAUUUUAAAAUGAUAACGAUAACUUAUAAUAUUCUAUUCUAUUAAAUUUAAUCCGAGGAAACUUUCAUCAAGACAUACGCAAAAGUAUUUUUGUUAUCACAAAUAAUAAUAUAUCUAUUUACACAUACCACAUCUACGGCAUAUUUUUUUAUAUCAAGGUAUCCUUAUCUUGCUAUUUAUAAAACAGGAAACUAUUUUUGAUAUUUUGUUUGUUUAGGUUUUGUAUUUAGUAUAUAGGCUUGUUAUUAAAGGUAAUUAUAUUAAUUAAUUAUAUAAUUAAUGUUAAGAUGCAAUUAAGUCCAGCAAAGUGUCUUAAAAAUAAUAUCGAGUAUUUUAAGCCAGUAUUUUUUGGAAUGAUUUAUAUUUUGUAUUCACGUUCAUCGCAAUUAACAACUUUAUAUUGUUCAAAUUAAAUAUCGUUUUGAUAAAAAUGGGAACAAACUAAACACUCAAUAAUUUAAUUAUUUUUAUACUCGUACAAUCCUUCACCGAAUGUUUUCCUAUCACAGUUAUGUACAAUAAGUGUGCUUCAUUAUGCAAAAAUAAAUGAGAAAAC